AUGUGUGACCAUUUUAACCCUUUCCUUUCAUUGUUACUUUGUUUGUUUCUUUUCUUUCUUACACACAACCCACUCUUUCUUUCUUUCUUUCUUUCUUUCUUUCGUUCUUUUUUCUUCCUUUCGUUGCUACUUUCUUUCUUUUGUUUUGCUCGUUUCUUGCUUUCAAUUAUAGACUCAUAUGUACAUUGUUACAUUGUUUCUUUUUUUUCUUUUCUUUCCUUUUCCCUUUCUUUCUUUCUUUCUUUCUUUUGUUUUCCUCGUUUCUUCCUUUCAAUUAUAGACUCAUAUACAUUGUUACAUUGUUUUUUUUUUUUUUUUCUUUCCUUUUCUCUCUUUCUUUCUUUCUUUUUUCUUUUGUUUUCCUCGUUUCUUCCUUUCAAUUAUAGACUCAUAUGUGUGACCAUUAUAACUCUUCCCUUUCGUCUCAUAGACAUUGUUACAUUGUUUCUUUUUUUUUUUCUUUUCUUUUUCUUUCUCUUUCUUUCUUUCUUUCUUUCUUUCUUUUGUUUUCCUCGUUUCUUCCUUUCAAUUAUAGACUCAUAUGUACAUUGUUACAUUGUUUCUUUUUUUUCUUUUCUUUCCUUUUCUCUUUCUUUCUUUCUUUCUUUCUUUCUUUUGUUUUCCUCGUUUCUUCCUUUCAAUUAUAGACUCAUAUGUGUGACCAUUAUAACUCUUCCCUUUCGUCUCAUAGACAUUGUUACAUUGUUUCUUUUUUUCUUUUCUUUCCUUUUCUCUUUCUUUCUUUCUUUCUUUCUUUUGUUUUCCUCGUUUCUUCCUUUCAAUUAUAGACUCAUAUGUGUGACCAUUAUAACUCUUCCCUUUCGUCUCAUAGACAUUGUUACAUUGUUUCUUUUUUUUUUUCUUUUCCUUUUCUUUUUUCUUUCUUUCUUUUUCUUCUUUUGUUUUCCUCGUUUCUUCCUUUCAAUUAUAGACUCAUAUACAUUGUUACAUUGUUUCUUUUUUUUUUUCUUUCCUUUUCUUUUCUUUCUUUUUUUCUUUUCUUUCUUUUGUUUUCCCUCGUUUCUUCCUUUCAAUUAUAGACUCAUAUACAUUGUUACAUUGUUUCUUUUUUUUUUUUUCUUUCCUUUUCUUUUCUUUCUUUCUUUCUUUCUUUUUGUUUUCCUCGUUUCUUCCUUUUUCAAUUAUAGACUCAUGUGUGACCAUUAUAACCCUUCCCUUUCGUCUCAUAGACAUUGUUACAUUGUUUCUUUUUUUUCUUUUCUUUCCUUUUCUCUUUCUUUCUUUCUUUCUUUCUUUUGUUUUCCUCGUUUCUUCCUUUCAAUUAUAGACUCAUAUGUACAUUGUUACAUUGUUCUUUUCUUUUCUUUUCUUUUCUUUUCUUUUCUUUCUUUCUUUCUUUCUUUCUUACUUUCUUUCUUUCUUUCUUUCUUCCGAUCUUCCAUCAAUAUGCAGGAAACAACCUUUAACGAUUGCAUAUCUAUUCUUGGGCCACAUGUUGCGAACUCGCAGCUAAUAGCACUUAGGAACGGGCAAAGAAUUAUGCUGAACAAAACUCUAUCUAUCUAUCUAUCUAUCUAUCUAUCUAUCUAUCUAUCUCGGUCUAUCUGUUGUAUCUCUCUCUUUUUAUAUACAUAUAAAAUCAUACGUUAUGUCUGUCGUUCCUUCCUGCUUUCCUUCCUAUAUUCAUUUCCUCUAUUCUUCUUGCCUAUCUAUCUAUCUAUCUAUCUAUCUAUCUACCAACCUACCUAUCUAACUUAG